GCCACUUAUUAUUGAAACGAACCCUUCAUUUAUCAAAGUUUUCGAGCACCCUCCUCCCUUCUCGUUACCACAACGACGAUGUUCAAAAUGCUUGGCCAACACAUCCCUCUUCUUGCCAUCGGCGGCCUUUUUCUUUACGUUCUAUGUCGUUCCAUAGUCGAAUCCCUGGAAGCUCGCCGCUUCAGCAAAAAGCACGGUUGUCAACCAGCGCCUCGCAUCCACCAGUCCAGUCUGCUCUUUGGCCUCGACUUGUUCAAGAAGCUCAAGCAUGACAUCGAGAAUCGGACCAGGCUUGAAGAGAAUACAAGAUAUGCCCUCGUAACGGGAAAUCGGACGAGCACCGCUGUUGUGCUGGGGCAGAGCUUCGUUUCGACCACAGAUCCCGAGAACGUCAAAGCCGUUCUUGCCACCAACUUCAACGACUAUGGUAUCGGGCCCCGGAUCUCGGCGUUUGGGCCCUUGCUUGGGCGUGGGAUAUUUACGGCUGAUGAUGUGCACUGGGAGCACUCCCGCGCUUUGAUUAGGCCAGGAUUCACUCGAGCACAGGUCGCAGAUCUUGACAGCGUCGAGACUCACGUCCAAAACCUCCUGAAGAGGCUUCCACCUGACGGUGUUACGGUCGACCUUCAGCCUCUCUUCUUCAAUCUCACCAUCGACAACGCUACUGAUUUCCUCUUCGGGCAAUCCAUCAACUGCCAGGCGAGCCCCGAGGGAUCCGAAGCGUGGAAUUUCGCAGAGGCCUUCGACAAUGCCCAAAUUAAACUGCAGAAAAAGGCCCAGCUCGGCAAACUGGCAUUCUUGCUUCGCGAUCCGGAAUGUGAGCAUGCUUGCCGGCUCGUCCAUCAAUUCGUCGACAGCUACAUCCGUAAGGCGCUUGGCCCCUCAGGACACGGUACCAAGACAGGCCGAUACAAUCUGCUGAACGAGCUGGCCGCAGCAUGCCCAGACGAGAUCCAGCUUCGCAACGAACUGCUGAAUGUCCUGCUAGCAGCGCGAGACACAACAGCGAGUCUUCUGAGCAGCAUCUUCUACUUCCUAGCGCGCUAUCCGACCGCUUGGACGAGACUGUCAGAGGAGGUGAACGAGUUGCACGGGGAAUUCCCCGACUAUGAAAAGCUGAAAAACAUGCGAUACCUGAAGAGUGUUUUGAAUGAAACACUUCGACUUCUACCCCCUGUCCCGACCAACACCCGUUUCGCUCGCGCGCAUACCGUGCUUCCACGCGGCGGCGGUCCCAAGGGCCUCUCGCCUGUGUUCGUCGCAAAAGGCACGCCGGUGUUUUACUCCGUGUACACGAUGCACCGCCUGCCGGAAAUAUACGGUUAUGAUGCUGCGGCGUUCCGCCCUGAGCGGUGGUUGGCGGAGAGCCCGCCUCUGCGUCCGGGUUGGGGAUUCCUACCGUUCAACGGUGGGCCGAGGAUCUGUCUGGGGCAGCAGAGCGCGUUAACCGAGGCUUCCUACACUGUGGUGAGGCUUCUUCAAACUUUUGACCGCUUGGCCGUUAGGGAUGAGAAGCCGUGGCAGGAGAAUUUGGGCUUGACUAUGAGCAACUUCAAUGGCACGAAGGUUGCGCUUUGGAAGCGUGCGUGAUACUGUAGGAGGAAGGAGGAGGGAGGUUGCGACGGAGACCCUGCAAGAUGGGGUGCACAGAGCAUACAGUGCACUAUCCGCUGCAGCUUCAGUGAAGAAAGCAUAGGGAACAGACACGGAUAAAACUCCCCCCAAAGUUCGAUAAAACCUUUUGCAAUAACAAUCAUUGUGUACACUACAG